UGUGCCGGCUGCUCGCAGUGUGUAUGCCUUCCGCGAUCAUUUCUUGAAUGGAAAUGCGAUCUGUGCACCUUUGAGAAAAUAAAAAGAACAGUUGUGGUGGAAUUAUGUUUUCGAAAUCUACAGCCGUACCGUGCAUGCGGUGAAAAGAUCAUAAAUAAGUUAAUUGAUAUAUUAAGUCAGUUCGGUGUGUGUCGGAAAUUAAAAGCACAAUUAUGUUGAGAUCUGUUCUUGUAAAUAUUAUUGUUCUAUUGAUGUUGCUUCCGCAAGGACUGGCAAUCAAGUGGAUGGCCCUCUUGCAUUCAGCGUCAGUGGCCACGAUUGAGAAAACCGACCACUGCGAAAACCUAGUGGGGUUGACGAAACGACAGAUCAAAAUCUGCAAAAAGAAUCUUGAAGUGAUGGAAUCCGUGAGAAACGGGGCACAGUUAUCCAUCGCAGAGUGCCAGUGGCAGUUCAAGACGAGACGUUGGAACUGUAGCACUGUCAAUGGAACCAGAAUUUUCGGAAAGGUUCUUAGUGAUGGUACAAGGGAGGCUGCCUUCGUCCAUGCCAUAUCGGCAGCAGGUGUGGCGCAUCAAGUGACGCGUGCCUGUAGCAGUGGAGCCCUGGGUCGUUGCGGGUGCGACCGGACUGUCCGGGGUUUCUCGCCCGAAGGCUUUCAGUGGUCCGGCUGCUCUGACAAUGUAGCUUACGGCACGGCCUUCUCAAAGAGCUUCGUGGACGCCAGGGAUUUGAGGGCGGCCAGAGGACGGUCCAGUGCGAGGGCUCUCAUGAAUCUGCACAACAAUGAAGCUGGCAGAAAGGUCAUUGAAUACAACAUGAGGGUUGAGUGUAAGUGCCAUGGAGUAUCUGGAUCAUGCGAGACCAAGACGUGCUGGCGGGCUCUUCCGAAAUUCCGACUGGUUGGUACAAUUCUAAGGGAAAAAUUCGACACCGCAACUGAAGUCCAGCCACGAACGUCCGGCAAGCGGAGCCAGCUGGUUCCUCUUAAUGCUUAUUUCAAAUACCACUCAGAUACAGACCUCGUCUAUCUAGACUCAUCUCCAGAUUUCUGCGAGCAGGAUUCGCAGAAUGACACUCCGGGCACUCAUGGCCGGCAGUGCAACAAGACUUCGAAGGCCAUCGAUGGUUGUGACCUGCUGUGCUGUGGCAGAGGUUACACCACCAGGACUGAGAUCGUGAAGGAGAGGUGCGAGUGUAAAUUUUACUGGUGUUGUUUUGUUAAAUGCAAAGAAUGCGAAGUGGAAGUGGAACUAAAUUAUUGUUUAUAGAAGAGAGUGGAAACGUGUUUCCCGGAUCAAUGGAGAGUGCUGAACAUACUGAUUUUCAGGAAAUUAGCAUGAAUUCUUAUUUGUUCUCAAAUGAGAAUGGAAUUUCAGUGGCUGUAUAGUUGUAAAAAAGCUUUUUAUCGAAAAGCUUCUGCACUUCGACUAAACAUUUCAAUCGAUAUGUGUAUAAAACGACUAGAUUGGUAGAAAACGAAGGUAAGCGACAUUGUACUUAGAGAAGGUGCCGGUUCUCCUUUCUCCAUUUGAUGACAUUAUGAGCAAAACAUUUUAUGAUCUGUACAAUACCUUAUUUCGACUAUCAUAACAAUUAUCUCGUAUUCGUCUCUCGAAAAAGAAAAUUUCUGUACCUACAUAGAACAAUUGCGUCAGUUUGAACCAUUCUAUUUGCCAGUAUAGCUCAUUAUACUUCUGCUACCAUGCAUUUUAAGUUAGAUUAGCUAAUGGUAAUAUUAUAUUUUUAGACUGGUGCUUUAAAGAAGUGACGCUGGCCUUAUUUACGCACAUUUGAACAGAAUUUAAAAAAGAAAUUCGUUUUUAAAAAUUUUGUAUAGAGUUUUUGUGUGAGCAAUAUUGCUAAUAAUUAGCAUAUCUUUUAACCUUAUUUUUUAAUGACUAAUUCUAAAUCUGUUUAUUAAACAUUAAUGUUACAUUACUAUGAUUAUAUUUUAUUUGUGUAAUAAAAGAUAUGGAGUAGAAAAAGCGUGUUUUAAGUUAGACUUUUCGUUUACUUACAAAGCAAAUUUUAAAUAUUUCAGAUCCACGAAUUAUGAUGCAUUCUGCAAUUCAUAUUACGACAAGAACCAAUGAUAAUACACAAACUCAUUUAUAAAUUAUUUAUUAGAAAAAGGUAAGAAGCAGCUGUAAAUAAAAACAAUUCUUGCAUUAAAUUUGUAAAAGAAAAUCAUCAAUAAUCAUGUAAAUAUGAAUUCUUAGAUUUACCGUUCUGUAAAUUAUCCCGAUUGAAAAGGCCCCAGAAAAUAUUAAAGAAGUUUGUAAAUAUCAUGAAAUAUUUCCACAAGUCAGCAUUGUCAUAUUAGAAAUAAAACAAGAAAGCAUGUAUAUUCGCAUUUGAUAUCAAUUUUCCAGUAAAUUUAUUUGAGAAACUAAAUAAAUUUAACUUUUUGAUAAAUAAAGUUUCCUUUAUAAGUAAAUAAUAAAUUUGAAAGAACGCUAUUAGAUAGGUUAAACUAUGCAAAUAAACCUUUUUUUUCAUGUUUUUGUAAUAUAUUUAAUUUUUUUUUCUUUUUCAAAAAUAAUGUAUAGCCACGAAAUUUCUUAACUUUAACAUCACAAAGUUGUUAACUGUUCUGCUCUCAUUUUUACUCUGAACAAAAAUACAUUAAAAAAUAUUUUUUGUGCUAGUUGCCUGUAUGCCAGUUUUUUACUGUUUGAUGUAGAAUACGGUUCAAAACAAAGCAUUUUAGUUGCAGUAAUUUUAUACGCUGUUACUCAUGCCUCUAUAAAUGCAGAAAAUGUAGUUGCUUCUUUAUCUCAUGACCUUUAAUAAUUUUUAAAAAUUUUCAUGACUACAAUGUUUACGCUUUCCUCCCUCAAAAUUCGAUACGCACUGCCUCUUAGGUUUUUUUUAAAGAAAUCUUUAGAACUGUGCUACUUUCUUGAGUCAUUUCUCAUAUUUCAAAUACCACCUGGAGCAGAUUGACUUCUUCCCACGUCUCCCAAAACUAAUGUGGUCUAGAUUAAUCCGACAGUAUCUUUCACCUAUUGCAAGAAAAAAGCAACGAAGGGAAGGAGGAAAAAAUAAAGCACAAACUCUCGAAUUAUUCUUCUUUUUUUAAACUUUCUUGAAAUCCCAACGAAAUAAAUUAUCCUUCUGAUCAUCCAUCGCGUGAAACUUUGGUAACUUCAAGAGAGAACAGCAAGUAAAAAAAAAGGAAAGGUAUGGGAGCCGCAUUGUUUCUGUUGAAAGUUCCCUGGGAAUUUUUUUUGUCUCUAUCUGUCUCAUCUCGGGGUGUUAUAUAAGACGUUUCGGCAUCAUCAGUUUCAGCCCGAAACAACAACUCGAGGCAGUUGUUGAGAGUGGACGACUGUCUGCGCGUGAUUUAUAACCGCAAAGAGGGGUUUGGGGUCUGAAUCACCAAUCUUCGCCAAUUCAUCAAUCAGGCAAUACUGUCACCCGCACAAUUCUUCGGGACCGUGUGGCUGGCUGAGAAAAAAAUAUAUAUAAAAAGGAGGUCCUCUCCUUAAGCGUCCAUCAAUCGAUUCUUUGAACAAAUGAUAAAUUUUCGGGAAGAACUUUUGUUUUGAAAAGUUUCCUCUGCGAUAUUAAACGACAUCGGAUUUAACGAUGAAUUGGUUAUCUCUUCGGUCUGAUAACGUGCGGCGGUGGAAGACGUAAAAAAAAAACUACAAUCCUAAAAGCCUUGUCAAAGCGUUAAAAAUUCUAAUCACUUUGAAGGAAAAUAAAUGAUGUUGGAAUUUUCUAGAUUGGAACAUGUUCUUUACAUUUUUCGAUAGAAUUCUUAGAAGCAUUUAUUUUCAAACCCGUAUUCUUUGUUGACGAAUUUAAUUAAAAUUGGAAGGAUGGUUAAUUGAGAGUUCUUUCGAUAUAACAGAAAGAAAAAUCAUAAAACAUGCUGUUUCUUGUGUAGAACUCAUUUUGUAUUCAUUAUAAUAGUGUGUAUUUCUAUGAUUAUGACGCAUUUUGCUUGACAUAGAAAACGUUUAUGGUCAUUAAUUUUUUCUUAACAUAAUCGUUUUUUA